AUGUAUGCUACGUAUAGAGAUGUAUGCUUCGUCCUUGGACUCUUGCAGGAUGACAGAGAAUUCAUGGAUGCAAUUAAGGAAGCAAGCUCGCGGGCCUCAGGAUUAUUUGCUAGGAGGUUAUUUGUCAUUCUAUUAACAUCUAACAAUAUCUCAAGACCUGAACAUGUCUGGGAUAGAUGUUGGCAUGAACUCCCAGAUGAUAUUUUGUAUCGACAGAGAACCGUGAUGAACAUAAGGGAGUUAACCAUGUCAGAUGAUAAGAUUAAGCAGUUGUGCUUAAUGGAUAUAGAUAAGAUCUUACAUUCCUCUGGUAAAAUCUUGAAAGACUAUCCUCCUAUACCUUUAACAACUGAAGUUGAUAGUUCUUUGUUAAUCGAAAGGGUUAUCAGGAAAGAGCUUAACUUUAACAGGGAUGAUUUAAAGAAAAAUACCUUAGACAUGUUAGCCAUUGCAACACCUGAGAAGAAAUAUGCAUUCGAUAAAAUUGUUACAGUUAUUCGCUCAAGGGGUGAUAUUGUGUUAAACGUUGCUUCAAGUGGUAUUGCAUCUUUACUUCUUCACAAUGGAAGAAUGGCACACUCAAGGUUCAAAAUACCGCUGAAUAUAACUGAGGAUUUUGUAUGUAACAUCAAACCUGGUUUUCCUCAAGCAAUGCUGCUGUUGAAAGUCAAACUUACAAUUUGGGAUAAGGCUUCAAUGGUUAGUAGGUACUGCUAUGAAGCACUUGAUAAAUGCUUGGGUGAUAUUAUGAGAUUUUAUCCAACAUAUAACAAAGAUUUGCCCUUUGGAGGAAAAGUGGUGCUCAAACAAACAAAAAACAUGAGACUUUCUGUAGAGAUGACUGCUUCAGAUCAAGAUGAGAUAGAGCAAUUUGGUGAGUGGUUAUUGAAAGUUGGUGUUGGUCUAAUAGGUGACAAUAUGGAUGGUGAAUAUGAGAUAUGUCUUCUAGGAGAUAUUGUUAUUCCUUCUUCGGACCAGGCAUUUGAUGAGUUGAACUAUACUGGCUCCACGCUGGACAUCAUUGCAGAGGUCAACAACCAUCUUAUGGCUAUCAUUCCUGGAAGAGAAAAAUUAUAUCUUAGUUCGGAUUCGAUUGGUAUGGAUGAAAGGAAUAUGGAGAGUCAACUAGAUCUCUAUGGUCUUGAAUUACUGAAUAGCAUAAAUUGCUCUGGUUUGCCUCCACAUAAAUUAAUACUUAAGGUUGGUGUUCCAGUGAUGUUACUGAGAAAUAUUGACCAAUCCAGUGGUCUUUGUAAUGGUACAAGGCUACAAGUUAGGAAGCUUGGAAAUCAUGUCAUAGAAUGUGAAGUCUUAACGAGUAACAAUGUUGGUCAUAUUGCUUUGAUUCUAAGAAUGAAUAUGGUACCAAUAAAUGAAACUCUCCCAGUUAGAUUCCAAUGA